AUGGAGACGGUGCAAUCGCUCCCUCGAAACCCGGACGUCGUCUCGCGACACCCGUCUGCCGAGGAUUUGGAUGCUGCUCAACAGUUGAUCUCGUCCGCUCAGGCGGGUCGGGAGCAUCCCGUUGAUAAGACUGCCCGAGGCCUCGACGGCCCUCCCGCUUGCUCCCCAUACCAGUCCGACAAUUACCCAGCCGACGGGUCCAUCAAGAAGGAAUCCCAUAGACCCGGGUCCGAUAAGGCUUCCUCGCCCAAGGCGCAGAAGGAUACAUCAUUCCUGGGCCACAGCUGCAGCAAUUGUGGCACGAAAAGCACUCCGUUAUGGCGACGAUCACCUACCGGAGCGAUGAUUUGCAACGCAUGUGGUCUCUACCUGAAAGCUCGGAAUGUUUCGCGCCCGACCAAACGCAACCGCACCCAGGCCAGCCAGGAGCCCGGCCCCUCCCCCGAUCAGCUCGGUCCCUCGCAAUCUGCCCCUAUUCCCACCACCGAGGGGGGCUGUGGCAGCUCCAAGGGGUCCUGCCCCGGUGGCGGGAGUUGUAAUGGAACCGGGGGCGCCGAAGGAUGCGAUGGAUGCCCUGCGUACAACAAUCGAGUGUACAAGUCGACGCCGCGCGGCACUGUCCCUGUGCAUGCGUGGAACCGGACAGCCGGCUCGGAGAGUGACAAGCCGGUUCCUCUACCAGAAUCCGAUUCACAGGCCAAAAAUGGGACUUCCGCGGACGGGAAUCUCUUGGUGUCUUGUCAGAACUGCGGGACGACGGUAACGCCGCUCUGGCGACGGGAUGAGAACGGCCAUCCCAUCUGUAAUGCGUGUGGCCUCUAUUAUAAACUCCACGGCUGUUAUCGACCCUCUACGAUGAAAAAGACCAUCAUUAAGCGGCGGAAACGUGUCGUCCCUGCGUUGCGAGAACACUCGCCAACCAGCGGCGCGCACUCGUCAAACGGCUCCUCCGCCUCGCCCGAAGCGUCCCCAGCGGCGUUAGCGCACGGCCACGAAGACCACUACCGAUACUACAGUGCGGAACCAGUGGACCACUACCAACAUAUGCCUGCAGAUAGGAUCUCACCGCAGGCUCAGCGGCCAUACGGAUUCGCUCCCCCGCCCGUUGACUUCACAGGCUUUGGCAGUGGUACUACAUCGUUGCCACAUCACCCCCCGCCCCCAAGAUUGCUGGAACCCGAGCGUCUCAACGCUCCCAGCCAUUCUCCCGUCCCCCAGUUCGGCCGACGCUCUAUCUCGCCGAAUCCCGCGAAUCCGAAGAAGCGUACCCUCGCAGAAACUGCGUCGUCCGCCGAGGCCGCGUCGGUCCCUACUACUCUGGAGUCUGGAUCAAACCAGCUCCCUCCGAUCAUGUCGUCGACGAACCUUUCGCAACCCACUCGCCUCAGCUCCAUCUCCUCCAUCCUCAACCCUAACCUCCACGACGAAUCCCGUCUCGACCCGAAGCUCGCCGCUCUCAACCGUCAGCAGCAGCCGCACCAGCCCUUGCCGGGAGUCACAGAGCUCAACCUCCGGGAAGAACGACGGGCGAAGCUCCAACGCGAGGCGGAGGAGAUGCGCGAGAUCCUGCGCGCCAAGGAGCGGGAGCUGGCGGAAUUGGGACGGCAAUGA